AUGUGUCAAGACAACCAAACAAAAGUCACAGAGAUCCAUCUUCUUGGAUUCCAAGGUCUAGACAACUUCAAUCUCCUAAUAUUUUCUAUUCUACUUCUAAUCUACAUUGCAAUAGUGUUUGGAAACCUUUUAAUUAUCCUUCUAGUGUCAACCAAUAAUAAUCUCAAAAUUCCGAUGUUUAUCUUUCUCCAGCACCUAGCUCUCGCUGAUGCCCUCCUGGCCACUUGCGUUGUACCAGUGAUGGCGGAGUUGAUAUUAAAGACAAAGUGGAAGAUGUCUGUCGCCGGCUGUAUCACACAGAUGUAUUUCUAUUUUAACUUUGGGUUUGUGCAGUGUUUCAUUCUUGCUGUAAUGUCUUAUGAUCGUUACGUAGCUAUUUGUAACCCAUUGCAUUACAUUUUAAUUAUGGACCGCAGAAUCUGCUCCCUGUUGAGUUAUGGUUGUUGGGUAGUGACUUGGAGUCUGUGUUCACCUGAAUUUAUUUUCAUAACUCAGUUUCAGUUUUGUGGCCCCAGUGACAUUGAUCACUUCUUUUGUGAUUUUGGCCCAAUUGUGGAAUUGUCUACAUCAGACACAUCUAUCGUACAAUGGCUAGACUUCACAUACUCUGUCCUCGUCUUAUUCUGUGCUCUUACCUUCAUCAUUGGGACCUACGGCUACAUUUUUGUUAUCGUUCUUAAGAUUUCAUCCUCUACUGCUAGAAGAAAAUCCUUUUCAACCUGUAGUGCCCACCUGAUCUCCGUGGGUGCGUAUUAUGGGUCCCUAAUCACUAUUUAUGUGAGUCCAUCCAACGAGAUGUCGUCUAACGUAAACAAGUACAGUUCUUUGUUGUACACUGUGGUGACCCCAUUGAUGAAUCCUAUCAUAUAUAGCCUGAGGAGCCAGGAGAUAAAACAAGCUGCGCAUAAAAGGUUAAAGACAUUUUGUGGCAGGAAGCUAAUUUAA